AUGUCCUCCACUGCAUGCUUCUUGCACCACCAUGCAGGCGCAGCACUCUCUACCCAAAAUAGAUCUUCUUCGUCUAACUGCUACCUGCCAUCACUCAAGCCUACACAGCUAAUUUGCCGUGCGCAGAAUCAGGCUGCACUUCAAGUAGAAGAUGGCACAGACACCGUGUCCCGAAGACUGGUUCUCACUGUUUUAAUUGGGGCAGCUGCCAUUGGAUCCACGGUUUCACCUGCUGAUGCUGCCUGUGGAGAAUCUGGUAAUACCCAAAUAUCAUAUUUUGUAUUUGUUAUCAUUACCAAAUAUGUUGUUGUAUUGAUACCAACAUAUGGGAAGCCAAAGACAAACACAGAUUUCUUGCCAUACAACGGGGUUGGAUUCAAGUUGUCAAUUCCCUCCAAGUGGAAACCUAGCAAAGAAGUGGAAUACCCUUGUCAGGUUCUUAGAUACGAGGACAACUUCGAUUCCACAAGCAACGUUGUCGUUUUGGUCACCCCGACUGGCAAGAAAUCCAUCACUGACUAUGGUUCCCUUGAGGACUUCCUCUCCAAAGUGGACUCUCUGCUGGGAAAACAAGCCUACUUCGGGUGGAUCGAUUCGAAUGCAGUGGCAACUGCAAACAUAUUGGAGAGUUCAACACUGGUGAUCGGAGGGAAACCGUACUAUUUCACAUCAGUAUUGACUAGAACGGAUGACGGAGAUGAAGGUGGAAAACAUACCGUACUAUUUCAUAUCAGUAUUGACUAG